CAACGACUUUUCUAAUCAAUCCUCAAUCUCAAUCCAAUGAUUCAGCAUUAGCCGCAUCGUGAAAUGUGUUAAUCAAUUCACUCUUUUUCUUUUAAACAAUUAUUUUAGAAGUAUUUAAUUGAUCAGCAUCAUGUCAAGAGGAAGCAGUGCUGGGUUUGAUCGUCAUAUAACUAUAUUUUCACCGGAAGGACGUCUCUAUCAAGUCGAAUAUGCCUUCAAAGCUAUUAACCAAGGUGGAUUAACUUCUGUAGCCCUAAAAGGAGUCGACUGCGCUGUUGUUGCUACUCAGAAGAAAGUGCCAGAUAAGUUACUGGACCCAUCUACUGUAUCACAUUUAUUCAAAAUAACUGAAAAUAUUGGCUGUGUGAUGACUGGUAUGAUAGCUGACAGCAAAUCGCAAGUUCAGAGAGCACGUUAUGAAGCAGCAAACUUCAAGUAUAAAAAUGGGUACGAAAUGCCUGUUGAUGUGCUUUGUCAUCGCAUUGCAGACAUCUCACAAGUUUACACUCAAAAUGCAGAGAUGAGACCUCUUGGCUGCAGUAUGAUUCUAAUAUCCAUUGAUAGGGAAUUGGGCCCAUUAGUUUAUAAAGCAGAUCCUGCUGGCUAUUAUUGCUCUUUCCGAGCAAUUAGUGUUGGAACCAAACAGACAGAGGCAAAUAGCUAUCUUGAAAAGAAGUUGAAGAAGAAACAAGAUUACACAAAAGAUGAAGCGGUUCAGUUGGCAAUAUCUUGCCUUUCAAAUGUUUUGUCCGUAGAAUUCAAAGCAUCAGAAUUAGAAGUUGGAAUGGUCAGCGUAGAUGAACCUCUGUUCAAGGUUCUAUCAGAAGCAGAAAUAGACAGGCAUUUAACAGCAAUUGCAGAAAAAGAUUAAUGAAAUCCCUCAUCUCCUGGUGUUAUUUUAAUAAUAUUGCUCUUUUUUCACUAAAAUUUGUUACGAAUUUGUAUCUACUCUUUUCUAAUUAAAAUUAUUUUUUAACACUUACAAA